AUGCCGUGUUCAGCAGACAGCCAGCAUUCCUGUUGCUUGCGCCGCGUGCAAGAAGCAUGCAUCCAUGCGCUGGAACUCAUGGCUACAGACAUCCCGGCUCUGGAGGAGCCCACUCGACGUUGCCGAGAACAGGGCAGCGAUGCUCCGCGCCGCUUGCUGGGUGAUUUCUUGAUCCAGUUUUCCGGCUCCCUUUCCGAAGAUCAGUUGCAGGCGAUUGAUGAGGUGUAUGCAGCAGACGCUUUGAGCAAGCCUCCCCCGCUGAGCGUAGAUGCUCUGAAAGGGCUCUGGCUAGCAGCUUCGCCGUGCCAAGUUCUGGUCUGGCGCGGAGACAUUACCCAGCUGGCAGCGGACGUAAUUGUGAAUGCUGCCAACGAGGAAGGUUUGGGCUGCUUUCAGCCGACGCACCGCUGCAUCGACAACGUGCUGCACCGGGCGGCCGGCCCCAGGCUGCGAAGCGAAUGCCGUUUGGAGAUGCAGAAGCGCCAGAAGAAGCUCCUACCUGGCACGAUGCCACUCCUGACGAAAGCCUACCACCUGCCUGCAAAAGCUGUGCUGCACGUUACAGGGCCUCAGAUUUCACCCGGCUCUCGUCCUUCCAGUCUGUCAAGCGAAGAGCUUCGGCUGGCCUACACAAACUGUCUGGAUGCAGCCCGCGAUGCUGGACUUACCAGUGUUGCGUUCUGCUGUAUUUCCACUGGCCUCUUUGGGUACCCUGCGCGCGAAGCUGCGGAAGUUGCACUUACAGCUGUGCACAGGUGGCUGCAGGCACCCGAAAACUUAGCCUCGCUGUCCUCCGUUGUUUUUGAUGUUUUCACUGAGCACGAUGCGUCUUGCCUGCAGCGCCAUUUCCUACUGUGCCAGGCACUGUGCCCCUGCCCACCUGACCUUAGGGAGUGCGGACAAUGGCCCCGAUCUCUCAGAGGUGCAGACGCAGGCUGCAAACAUGGCAGGCGUCAAGGUCAAGACGCUUCUGGUUUUCUCGCCCGGUUGCAUGUUCGGUCUGGAGCACAUCAUGUCACAAAACCAGAGGCAUUCCGUCCGCUGCAGCAAAGCGGGACCAUGUUUGCUCUAUGUGCUCCGACAAUCGACGUUGACAGAGGUCCAAGUCUCCAGUCCGGAGAUGGUUCGUGCACUUCAGAAAGCCAUCGCGAAUCUCAUGGUGACACAGACGAAGCUCCGAGUGCCCCAGAAGAAUUUGGACCUUCGACGCCAAACCGUCCAGAUCCGCUGAGAAGCGGGCAAGGGGACAAAGCAACGCUCCGCAAGGCGCUGGGCGGAUCCCCUGGCCUCGCGGAGCCACCGUCUCUUGGACCCUCCCAAAGGCCCUUCACUCUCACGCUGCCGCUUGCGCUGACCAAGUUCCUGAUCCUUGUGCGCGAAGUGCCAAGUGUUUCUGCUGCGAUACCAAACCGAUCAUCCGUGGCAGUGCGCAGCAGCUUGGAGAGCAUCCUAGUGGACAGUGUUGUCUUGCUCUCUAGCCGGAUGCGCUGCCACAUCAGCAUCCUGCUUGCCCUUCUUACCUUGCCAGGAGUCUCCAGCUUUGGAGAAUCACAGAAAUUUCUGAUCGUGUCUUCUCCGUUGACGGGUCAUGUUGCCUACUUGAAGCUUCCCGUGGACGGGUCACCAGCCACGGCAGAUGGACAGGCAAUGCGGACACUCAUCAAGUCUGGGUUGGUCUUUCCGCAGGGCCUUGCGGUUGAUGACCACAGGCAGCGCCUUUUCGUAGCUGAUCCGAACAAGACAGGGCUGGUGAUGUAUCCACUUUCAUCGAAUGGAGACACGCUGUCAGUCGGAAGUCCGAAGGUGGUGGCAUCAGGUGUACAAACUCGCGCUGUGACGGUGGACGGUCUGGGCAAUGUCGUGUUUUCUGACGAGCCAACGAAUCGAAUUCUCAGA